AUGUCUGCAAAGCGCGAUCUGUCUGGCUACAACUAUGCGGCCAUCUCGUCGCUGGUACUGACGGCGGAUCGCUCUGCCCUCCCUCGCCGCGACAAGGAACCGGAUGGCGCACCGACGUCGCUCGCUGGUCGCAUCGACCCGCGCGAAAUGGGCUCUCGCGUACAGCGGGAAGCACCCAAGGAUGUCGAGAAAAAGAAAAAGAAGGCUGCGGACAAACAGGACACCGCAGAAAAGGCUCCGAAGCGACGAGCAGCUGAGACCACAGGGUUUGGCUACACCGACAUCAUUGAAGCUACUCAAGACGUCGAGGGGCUUACGUACCGCCCACGGACGGCGGAGACUAGAGAAGUAUACGAGCUCAUUCUCUCCAGUGUACACCAAGCUCUGGGCGACCAGGCGCAGGACGUUGUUCGCAGUGCAGCCGACAGCGUACUCGAGACGUUGAAAAACGAGAGCAUGAAGGACUUCGACAAGAAGAAGGAGGUUGAGGAGGUCGUCGGGCCCGUAUCGAACGAGCAGUUUUCGCAGCUGCUUAACUUGUCAAAGAAAGUCACCGACUACGGUGCGGAGGACGAGACUAUGGUCGACCCAGACAUGGAGCGGAAAGACGCCGAGAUUGACGACGAAAUGGGCGUAGCAGUCGUAUUCGACGAGGAGGAGGAAGAAGAGGAGGAGGAGGAGGGCUUCGAGAUCAGAGAGGAGUCGGACGAGGAGAACGAGGAGCCUGAGCAGGCAGGGGCACCGCCAGAAUCGCUUGAGGGCGACGACGAACUUGUCAUCGGCGGCAGCUCAGCAGCUCAGCAAGGGAAGACACAAGUUGACAAGGAUAUCGUCUCACCACACUCUAUCGACGGCUUCUGGGUGCAACGGCAGAUAUCUGAAAUUUACCCUGACCCUGUUACAGCCGCCGACAAGGCCGCCGCCGUUUUGUCCAUCCUUGGCUCCGAGUCGAAUCUUCGUGAUUGCGAGAACGAGCUUAUGGAGCUCUUUGAGUACCAGAGCUUCCAUGUCAUCACGAAGUUCCUCAAAAACCGAGACGUUAUCGUAUGGUGCACGAAGCUCAUGCGUAGCGACGCGGACGAGCGCGUCAACGUCGAGGUUGCGAUGCGAGAGAAGGGGCUCGGGUGGAUUCUCCGCGAGCUCGCGGGAGACCGCAAGGCGAAGGCGCGCUCAGACGCCAUGGACGUGGACGAGAAGCCUCAAGUGGACGUCCCUAAGCGGGCGACGCUCGCUCCUGGCUCGACCGUGCAGCCAAAGGCUACCGUCGAUCUCGAGGGCAUGGCUUUUAGUCAGGGCGGACACUUGAUGUCAAACAAGAAGUGCAAGCUACCAGAAGGCUCGUUCAAACGCGCGAAGAAGGGCUACGAGGAGAUCCAUGUGCCUGCCCCGAAGCAAAAGCCCACUCAAGCGGAUGAAUUUGUCCCGAUUUCCAACAUCCCGGUGUGGGCGCAGGAGGGCUUCAAGGGCAUGAAGACUCUCAACCGCAUUCAGAGCAAGCUGUACCCCGUUGCCUUCGGCACAGACGAGCCUAUCCUCUUGUGUGCACCAACAGGUGCCGGCAAGACUAACGUCGCUAUGUUGACUAUCCUGAAUGAGCUUGGCAAGUGGCGCCACGAGGAGACGGGCGAAUUCGACCUAGACUCCUUCAAGAUCAUCUACGUCGCCCCUAUGAAAGCCCUCGUCCAGGAGAUGGUCGGCAACUUUAGUUCUCGGCUAGGCGCUUACGGCGUCAAAGUUGGUGAACUGACUGGAGAUGCACAAAUGACGAAGCAGCAGAUCGCGGAGACGCAGAUCAUCGUCACGACGCCGGAAAAAUACGAUGUCAUCACGCGGAAGAGCACCGACACCAGCUACACAAACCUCGUGCGCCUCAUCAUUAUCGACGAGAUCCAUUUGCUACACGACGAGCGUGGACCAGUUCUCGAAAGCAUCAUUGCGCGAACAAUACGGCGCAUGGAGCAGACUUCUGAGUAUGUCCGUCUCGUUGGUCUGUCUGCAACGCUGCCAAACUAUCAGGACGUAGCAACUUUCCUCCGGGUUGACCCUGCCAAGGGCCUCUUCUAUUUCGACGCGUCGUAUCGGCCAUGCGCUCUCCAGCAGCAGUUCAUUGGUGUCACCGAAAAGAAAGCGAUCAAACGGUAUCAAGUAAUGAAUGAAGUGUGCUAUGAGAAGGUGCUCGACCAGGCUGGCAAGAACCAGACCCUCGUCUUCGUCCAUUCUCGCAAGGAGACUGCGAAGACUGCGAAAUUCAUUCGCGACAUGGCAAUCGAAAGGGAGACGAUCACUCAGUUUGUCAAGCCUGAAGGUGCCACGCGAGAGAUCCUGCUCGAGGAAUCCAGCAAUGUGAAGGACACGAACCUGAAGGAUCUCCUUCAAUUCGGGUUUGGUAUCCAUCAUGCUGGAAUGUCGAGAGAGGACCGGGGCUUGGUUGAGGAACUCUUCGCGGACGGCCAUCUGCAAGUCCUGGUCUGUACCGCUACACUGGCCUGGGGUGUCAAUUUACCCGCACACACCGUCAUCAUAAAGGGUACUCAGAUCUAUAACCCAGAGAAAGGUCGAUGGGUAGAGCUGUCGUCGCAGGACGUAUUGCAGAUGCUUGGUCGUGCUGGUCGUCCGCAGUACGAUACCUUUGGAGAAGGUAUCAUCAUCACGAAUCACUCCGAGCUGCAGUACUACCUCAGCUUGAUGAAUCAGCAGCUGCCGAUCGAAUCGCAGUUCGUGGCGAAGCUGGCAGAUAACCUGAACGCGGAGAUUGUGUUGGGUACCAUCCGAAAUCGAGACGAAGCUGUUCAAUGGCUUGGCUAUACUUAUUUGUAUGUCCGAAUGCUCAAAGACCCCGCAUUGUACAGUGUCGGUCAUGACUAUCUCGAAGACGACCCUGCACUGGUACAAAAGCGUGCGGAUAUCGUUCACACAGCGGCUGUCCUUCUCGAGAAGUGCUUCCUGGUCAAGUAUGAGCGCGCGUCGGGACGGUUCCAGAGUACCGAACUUGGCCGUAUUGCCUCUCAUUAUUACGUUUCGUAUAACUCGAUGGCAACAUACAAUCAGCACCUUCGGCCCACGAUGACCACGAUCGAACUGUUCCGAGUUUUCGCCUUGUCUCAAGAGUUUAAGCUCUUGCCAGUCCGUCAGGAUGAAAAAUUGGAGCUGGGAAAACUACUCGAGCGUGUACCCAUUCCCGUAAAGGAGAGUGUCGAAGAACCUGCGGCAAAGAUCAACGUCCUUCUUCAAGCAUUCAUCUCGCAGCUGAAAUUAGAAGGCUUCGCCCUUGUCGCCGAUAUGGUCUACGUCCAACAAUCCGCCGGCCGUAUCCUGCGAGCCAUGUUCGAGAUCUGCUUGAAGCGGGGAUGGGCAGUUCCCGCAAAGGCCGCCCUUGAUCUCUGCAAGAUGGUCGAGCGCCGAAUGUGGGGGUCUAUGACGCCCUUGCGACAGUUCAAAGGUGUGCCACCAGAGAUCAUUCGCAAGGCAGAAGGAAAACAAUUCCCCUGGUAUCGUUACUUUGACCUAAGUCCUCCUGAAAUCGGUGAGCUGAUCGGCAUUCAAAAUGCGGGGAGACUGGUGCACCGUCUUGUUCACAGCUUCCCGAAGCUACAGUUGCAAGCUCAGGUUCAGCCCAUCACGCGGAGUCUUCUUCGUAUCGACCUCACUAUCAUCCCUGACUUCCGCUGGGACGAGAAGAUUCACGGUACUGCCGAGUCGUUCUGGAUUAUGGUGGAGGAUGUCGAUGGGGAGAUCAUUCUCUUCCACGAUACCUUCAUGCUCCGGCAGCGCUACGCCGAAGACGAACACAACGUCACACUGACGGUCCCCAUGUUCGAGCCAGUUCCUCCGAACUACUACAUUUCGAUCGUCUCGGACCGUUGGCUUCACGCGGAGACUCGGUUGCCGAUCUCGUUCAAGCAUCUCAUUCUGCCAGAGAAAUUCCCCCCACCGACUCCUCUCCUGGACCUGCAGCCUCUCCCCCUAUCUGCUCUGCACAACAAGGAGUUCGAGAGCAUCUAUUCAUCGACUAUUCGCACGUUUAACAAGAUUCAAACGCAGGUAUUCCAAGCGCUCUACACUACCGACGAGAACGUCUUCGUGGGUGCUCCCACCGGUAGCGGCAAGACGAUCUGUGCCGAGUUUGCUCUACUUAGAUUGUGGAGUAAGCGUGACCAACAGCGAGCUAUUUGUAUUGAGCCGUAUCAAGAAAUGGUCGACCUGCGUGUGGCGGAAUGGCGUGCGAAGUUCAGCAACCUCCAAGGUGGGAAGGAAAUUGUCAGUUUGACUGGAGAGACCAGUGCCGACUUGCGGCUCCUGGAGAAGGGAGACCUCAUCGUUUGUACACCGAUGCAGUGGGACGUCCUGUCGAGAAGAUGGCGUCAGCGUAAAAAUGUGCAGACAAUUGGUUUGCUCAUUGCAGAUGAGAUCCAGCUUGUGGGUGGCGAGGUCGGCCCCACGUACGAGGUUGUGAUUUCUCGUACGCGGUAUGUCUCAGCGCAGACGGAGCUCAAGACUCGAAUUGUUGCAUGUAGCGUCUCCCUCGCUAACGCGAGAGACCUUGGCGAGUGGAUGGGCGCUCCGUCCCAUGCGAUUUUCAAUUUUCCCCCUAGCGCCCGCCCACUCGACAUGGACAUACAUCUACAGAGCUUCAAUAUCCCACACUUCCCAUCCCUUAUGAUCGCAAUGUCGAAGCCCGCAUACUUGGCCAUAAUUGAGCACUCUCCUACGAAGCCUAUCAUCAUUUUUGUGCCGUCUCGACGUCAAUGUCGCUUGACUGCUGACGAUAUCCUCACGCAUUGCGGUGCCGACGAUGACAACAAUCGAUUCCUCAACAUUGAUGAAGCCGACCUUCAGCCACAUCUCGACCACGUCACUGACAGCGGUCUCGCGGAGAUCCUGAAGCAUGGUAUCGGUUACUACCACGAGGCGCUCAACAAGCAGGACAAGCGCAUCGUAGAGCGGUUGUUCCAAUCCGGUGCUAUCCAAGUGCUCAUCGCAUCGAAGGCAAGAGACACGGCAUGGAGUCUACCAGUUGCUAGUUACAUGGUCAUCAUCAUGGGCGUCCAGUCCUAUGAAGGGAAGGAACAUCGCUAUGUCGAUUAUCCUGUCAUGGAUGUCCUUCAAAUGAUGGGCCGGGCCUGCCGUCCAACGGAAGACGACAAGAGUCGAUGCAUCCUCAUGUGUCAGCAAACGAGGAAGGACUUUUACAAGAAAUUCCUUGCGGAGGGUUUGCCCAUAGAAUCGCACCUUCCGACGCACAUGCUGCAUGACUACUUCCUCGCCGAGAUUGCUGUCAAGACGAUUGAGAACAAACAGGACGCAAUGGACAUUCUGACCUGGACUUACUUCUACCGGCGCAUGACACAAAAUCCCAACUACUAUAACCUCCAUAAUGUCAGCCACCAACACCUAUCUGAUCAUCUAUCAGAGUUGGUUGAGAACACAUUGAACGACCUGGUCAACUCAAAAUGUAUCGCGAUCGAAGACGAGAUGGAUAUCUCACCCCUCAAUCUGGGCAUGAUUGCAGCGUACUAUAACAUCUCGUAUGUCACCGUCGAGGUGUAUACGUUAUCUCUCAAAGAGCGAACCAAGCUCAAGGGUCUCCUGGAGGUCGUAUCUUCGUCCGCCGAGUUCGAAACAAUACCCAUCCGCCGGCACGAGGAUGUCUUAUUACGGCGCAUCUACGAUCGUGUACCUGUCAAGUUGGACCGUCCUGACUUCGAGGCGCCUCAUUUCAAGACGUUCUUGCUCCUGCAAGCACACUUCUCGCGUCUGCAGCUUCCGCCCGAUCUCGCCGCAGACCAGGUGCUUGUGCUGGAGAAGGUUCUUAACCUCCUGUCGGCGUGUGUGGAUGUUAUGUCAUCGAACGCAUGGCUGAAUGCACUCGGCGCCAUGGAUCUGUCGCAAAUGUGUGUGCAGGCAUGUUGGGACACGGAUUCGCCACUCAAGCAGAUCCCACACUUCGAGCCCGAUGUCAUGCAACGUUGCAAGGAAGCGGGUAUUGAGUCUGUAUACGACAUCAUGGAAAUGGAGGACGAUAAGCGCAAUGCCCUAUUGAAGAUGGAUGGUCGCCAGAUGCGUGACGUUGCGACAUUCGUUAACUCUUACCCCACACUUGACGUGAACUACGAGUUGGCGAAGGGCGAGUACACGGCAGGGGCACCGAUCACCAUACAGGUAUCAUUGAGCCGAGACGCAGACGAGGAGACCGAAGGCGAUGAUGACGAGAUCGUUGUCGCACCCUUCUAUCCGCUCAAGAAGCUGGCUAACUGGUGGCUGGUCAUCGGCGAACCGAAGACCCGCCAGCUGCUUGCUAUCAAGCGUGUUACUGUGCACCGCAGUCUCUCUGUACGGCUCGAGUUCUCUCUUCCACAGGGUACGCACGCCCUCAAGAUGUACGUUAUCUGCGACUCGUAUAAUGGGGCGGAUCAUGAUAUCGAUCUUGAAUCCUUGGAUGUUGCGGAGGGUGAAGAGAGCGAUAGUGAGGAAGAGAGCGGGGACGAGAUGGAGGAGUAG